AUGACGGUGUUACUGCCUGGGGAAUCUUCAAAUCAUGGCGGUUCUGAGAGCGGGACUUCAAGAAGCUCUCAGGAAAAGCCAGAGGACGGAGCUCGUUGGUAUUUUACAAGGAAGGAGAUUGAAGAAAAUUCCCCAUCAAGGAGAGAUGCCAUUGACUUGAAGAAAGAAACAUAUUUACGCAAGUCAUAUUGCACAUUUUUGCAAGAUCUUGGCAUGAAGCUUAAAGUACCCCAAAUAACUAUAGCCACAGCAAUAGUGUUCUGUCAUCGAUUUUUCAUUCGCCAGUCACAUGGGAGGAAUGAUAGACGGACUGUAGCAACUGUGUGCAUGUUCCUUGCUGGUAAAGUGGAGGAGACUCCUCGUCCACUGAAGGAUGUAAUUCUUGUCUCGUACGAGAUAAUAAAUAAAAAAGAUACUACUGCAGCACAGAAGAUCAAACAGAAGGAAGUAUAUGAGCAACAAAAAGAACUUAUUUUACUUGCGGAGAAGGUUGUCCUUAGCACUUUGGGUUAUGACUUCAAUGUCCAUCACCCUUACAAACCUCUCGUCGAGGCAAUUAAGAAAUUCCAAGUUGCACAGAAUGCACUUGCUCAAGUGGCUUGGAAUUUUGUUAAUGAUGGACUGAGGACUUCACUCUGCCUGCAAUUUAAGCCACAUCAUAUUGCAGCAGGUGCCAUUUUCCUUGCUGCCAAGUUCCUCAAAGUGAAGCUUCCAUCAGACGGUGAGAAGGUCUGGUGGCAGGAAUUUGAUGUCACCCCACGCCAAUUAGAGGAGGUCAGCAAUCAGAUGCUUGAACUAUAUGAGCAAAACAGAGUGCCUAUGUCACAGGGGAGUGAAGUGGAAGCUGGAGGGGGCCAAGCUCAUUCUGGCCCAUCCAAAACCCCCACUUUGAACGAGGAGCAUGCUUCAAAGCAAGCAUCUCGUUCGGCGGCCGAAAACUCAUAUGCAGAAAACCACAGGGUGGCACCAAGAACAACGCAGAAUCAGAGUAACAAUGAUAAUGGCAGUGCAGAGGGGGAUAGCCUUAUUAAAGAUCACAAGGCAGACUUGGAAAACAAGGAUGUUUUUCAACAGCAUCCAGAUAAUAAUGCUAAUUUGUCCCUGAAGGAAAACACGAGAGAAGUUCCAAGCAAAUCCAGGUCUGGGGCAGAGCGAAUAAAUGGAAAAGAACAAGAAAGAACCGAGGAAAGGAGUGGCGAAGGUGCGGAGGCAGCAGGAGAGGGGAAAGAUGAUACGCCACGGAAGUCUAGUAGUGGUAUGGCGGGGCGAAACUUGGAUGCUGCUAGAGAAGGCUCAGUCGGUCAAUCCCCUAAAGAUGCCAUGAAGAUGAUUGAUAGGAACAAGGUAAAGGCUGCACUUGAGAAAAGGAAGAAAGCUCGUGGAGAAUUGACCAGGAAAAAAGAUGUAUUGGAUGAGGAUGAUCUUAUUGAGAAGGAACUGGAAGAUGGGAUAGAAUUGGCAGCUGAGGAUGAGAAAAGCAAGCGGGAGAGGCGGCAGAACUACUGGUCCAAGAUGGAAAGUGCUGCAAAGGAUCAUGGAGAAAUUGACGAUGGGGAGAACCAUGAGGAAGGAAGAUCUUCUAGAGGGUUGGACGUAGAGAAUGCUGCUGAGGAAGGGGAAAUGUUGGAAGAUGAUGCUUUGGUUGUGUUGAACAGCCGAAAAAGGAAAGCUGGGGGUAGCCCGGACAGACAGCAGUCAGAGGGGAAGAAGCGACACGAUUAUUUGCCCAGCAACAACAAUUAUAGCCAUGAUUCUGUGGAAGAAGGACACAAGGUGGGCAGGGGUGGUGGGUACGGGGAUCACAGGAGGCAUGCUCAAGAGAAUCAUUCGUGA